CCAUCGCCAACACUCAACAUCGUUCGUAGACGAGCGCCAGCACAACACAUUUUGUUGACCUUCUAUUUGCACUUUUUGCGAGCACCCGUUUCGUGUCAUAAGACUUAAAAUGCGUUACGUGGCCGCAUACCUGUUAGCUUCCCUCAGUGGAAAAGAACCAUCCAGUGAAGAUGUUGAAAAAAUCUUAAGCUCAGUUGGUAUCGAAUCUGAUUCCCAAAAGCUUGGUAUUGUUCUUAAAGAACUUAAAGGAAAGAAUGUUGAUGAACUUAUUGAGAGUGGUAAGGCUAAGUUAGCUAGUGUACCAUCUGGUGCUGCUGUAGCAGCACCUGCUGGAGCAGCAGCAGCACCUGCAGCUACUGAAGAAAAAGCUGCCAAGAAAGAGGAAAAGAAAGAAGAAUCCGAUAAUGAAUCUGAUGAUGAUAUGGGUUUUGGAUUGUUCAACUAAGAUUAAGAUAUUUUUCCUCCUCUUCAUUGAUGCGCCUGACUAUUUUGUACUUCAAACUGAUGGUUCAAUAAAACAAUUAUUUUAA